UAGUUCUGUACAGAGUUGCAUUGUGGGGCUUGUAGUUUACGAAUGACGUUACUGUUGUAGCUUCCGCUCGAUGCCGGGCCCGUGGACUUCAUUUCCCAUACUGCUAAACGGUUGGGCAUGUAUGGCGGAGAGCAAUGACUGAGGAGUUUGAUGAAGAGGUGGUGUUUCAGAAUUCCCCACUGUACCAGUACUUGCAGGAUAUAGGACGCAGUGACUUUGAAGUAUGUCCAGCACCAUCUCGGGAAUCGGAACCAUACUCCUCCAAAGAGGGACAACAGGAACAGGAUAUCCACACUACUUUAAAUCAAAAUAUUUUUUUGAAAGUAACUGAAUCCUUGAGAAGAUACGGAAAGAGAGAAAGCAGAGUAGACCAUCUGGGAUGCAGCUGUACUGGUGGCUUUCAUCAGCGCUUUUAUUGCUACCCUCAUCGUUUGGAAUGACGUCUCCUGGGUGACAUGGGGACCUGGUUUGCUUGUCUCCUUCUCAUAUUUAGUUAUGAGAGGCAUGAAUUUGUGGCAAGCUGCCAAGUUGCAGAUUGCCAUGAGAAAGUGUUGUAUCCAGCUGGAAGAAAUUACAGCUAGUAGUCGAGCUUUUACCAAUCUGAUGAGGAAGGCCCUUCGACUUAUUCAAGAAACAGAGGUCAUUUCUCGGGGAUUUACUCUGGUCAGUGCUGCAUGUCCAUUCAAUAAAACGGGGCAACAGCCAGGUCAGCAUCUGAUUGGCUUGAGGAAAGCAGUAUACAGAUCAGUGAGAGCCAGCUUUCAAGCAUCAAGGCUAGCCACCCGCUACAUGCUGACAUCUUAUCCUCUGAAUUCAGAGAUCGAUAACGUAACCAAUUACAUUUGUGUGGUACCCCUGAAGGAGCUGGGCUUGGGUCUGGGUGAGGACGAAAUGCUGGAUGAGCAGGUGUAUAAGCUCACAGAUGGUUAUAGUCUGCCAGCGCUGAAGGUACUUUAUCAGCUUUGGAUUGGUCAGAGCUCAGAGUUUUUCAGACGGCUUGCCCUGUUACUCUCUCCAGCCCUUAAAUCUUGUGAGACCAUGAUGUCACCAGAACAUUUUGCUUAUCGUGUUCUGUCUGAUGUAACCAAGAAUCUACCUCAGACUCUCUCUGUCUGUCUGGCAGAGCUCAAACGGAGUUACGAGUUUCACCGGUACUUUGAAGCCCAGCACUAUUCUAAAUCUGAACGAUGUAUGAAGCCAAAACAGAAGUCAGGAGACCUCAACAACCUCUGUACUGCUGUGCGCAGCUUACAGCUCCAUUUGAAAGCCCUUCUAAAUGAGGUAAUCAUUUUGGAGGAUGAGCUGGACAAGUUAGCAAGCUACAAAGAGCAACAGGAAAUAACUUCGGAUAUCCGACAGGAUCUAGAGCAAAAGCUGAAACUAAUCAAACCCCACAUGCAGGCCAGCAACAAUUGCUGGGAGGAGGCGGUCUUGCAGGUCAAAAAAAUGGAGCGCAAUGCUGUAGAAGAAAAAGGAACUGGAAGCCUAUGUAGAAGAUUGUGAUUCAGAGGAUGAGUAUCAGAGGGACGAAUUUUACUCUCUGUCAUCAGAAGUCCAUGAAAGACAGAAGCAGGAGCUGGAAGAGUCUAGGCGAGUAUUGCAGGAGUUAAAGUCUGUGCUAGGAUUCAAAGCAUCGGAGGUGGAGAGACAAAAAUGGAAAAUGCUUCUGUUCAAUGAUCAAGCUUGUUUAAAACCUGUGUCACCAGUUGAAAGUGUGGGGUCUCCUUGUGCCUCAGAAAUAGCCCUAGAGUCAGAUGCAGUUAACCAGGACCAUAACUGCAUCCCUGAGGAUGAAGGCAGCUAUGAGACAAAUGCUGCAUCAUCUGUCAGCUCCUUAAGGACAGAGUACAUUUCAGAAUGCUGUGCGGUGGAUGGAAAUAGAGAGACUACGUUUCAGGCUUCAUGGUAUGGUGAUGUAGAAGAGAACACAAAUAAUCAGUUUGGAGGUGUACAGGAAGAGAGAGUUAGAGCAGAUGAUGGGACUGACUCUUUGCAGACCGCUUUCAUUGGUGCAGCACAGACCUCUGUCAAACAGAGACUUACUGAACUUCAUGGUUCAGCAUGUUUUGACUUUUCCUCAGCACUUGCUGCUCAAGUUGCUGCUCGAUCAUACUCAUUUGGUACCAUGCACCAAGAACAGACAUUUGGUGAUAGUGAUGACAGUAACAGUGAAGCAGAGGAGGAUUCUGACAGUGACAACACAUUCAGAAGAAAACUAAAAGAAGAAUAAGGAAGACAGAGGCCACAUUGUGACUUCAUAGUAAGAAAAGUAUCAAUAAGUGAUGCAAGUUGUAAUGGGAGGGUAGAAGUACUCUGCAAGGUGAUACUGUGGGACCUUGUCAUUUUACAGCUGAGAUGCAACCAUCCAACUUAAAUGAGUGCUGAUACUUUUCCCCUGAAGUGCUGCUACUUCUACUUGUUUAUAGGGCUUCAUCAUACCUCAUGACCCUGUGACUUACUCUUAAUGUCAUAUACACUAAAAAUGUGUCCGGUAUGUAGUUCCUUCAAGUUAGUGGUUUGCUUUAGCCUAACAUUUCAAAAGUUAAACAUCCUUGGUAUGCUGCAGGUUAAACGGUAGUGCAGAGAUGCAGCUGCCAUUUCUAAUUUUGCCUGUCACUUGUACUAACUGGAAAUAUUUUUAAUAUUUUAUAUAUUUAUUUAUUAAACUGUGUAAAAUAUGUGGAAAGUGUUCUAAAGAAAUAUACUGAAUGUAUUGUUAAAACAGCUGAUUUGUGUUGCUGCUGUUAGUAAAUCAGCUUACUUAAAUAAUGUACACUUUACUUUUGUCAGCUGUGUUAGUAGUAAUGUUUGAAAAUCCACCCAGUAUGCCAAGCUGUUGAGAAUUCAGGAAAUAUCCUUCUAGUCCCAGAGCAGAUAGUAAAUCUGCCCCUCUUCUUGCUCAUCCAUCUGUAAAGUGCCACAUGAUGUUUUUCGGUCUGAUUUUCUUGCAAAUAUCUUGUGUGGCUCUUGAGCAGAAGGUUCUGUACACUGUUACACCUGUCCAGAGGUAGUCAUUGCCAUUUUCCAUGUGGCAGGUUUGAUGAAGUAAACAAAUUUCAUGAUUUCAGAGCCCCAGGAGCUUGCUAGUUAGCCAUGUCUGCUCCCUACUUUGGUGAGAACAAGGUGGUAGUUGUCACUUACAUCUAAUGAGAUAGCAUUUUUUUUUUAAUUUUCUACUUUUUAAUUUGUCCCACAGUUAUGAACAUAUAGUACCAUCUGGAGCAUGCAACACACACAUCCCAACACGUAAUGAACUGUGUUGAACUGUUCCAUCGCUGAUUUUUGUGUUUCCUAUCCACUGCACCCCUCCUAAUAGAUGCCACUCCAGUGGCAGUUAACUGCCACACCCAUCUCAGAAGAGUGUCAGGCAUUAACUGCUCACCCCUCACACACACACACACACACACACACACACACACACACACACACCUGUGACUGGUGAUCUGGUACUUGAACUCUCUACAAACAUGGACCACAGAGUUGCUGUGACCGUUCUUUUUCCCUACCUCAGGCUAGACAUGCACUAAACAUUUUUUCAACGCUGUUCUCAUUUUGUCUGGUAGCAUUGAUUUCAUUUCCAAAACAGAGGUGUAGAUCAGAUGUUAGCUUAUGAGCUUAUUUCUAAUCUGGCAGGUAACACUAGAAAUGUACAUAAUUCCAUGGCCUGACUGAAUAUGAGAAUCUGUUUUACAAGACUGAGUUUUUUUUUUAUAUGAAAAGACCAGCAGAACUGACUUCCAGAAUCCAUUGUGGUUUUUCAUCCUUAUUACUCAUCCAGCUGAAUGAAUGCUGGAAAGGUUUCCCCUCUGCGAUACUGAAGAAUAAUAGCAAGAGAAGUUCACAAGCUGUGAAAGGAUCUGUGUGUGCACUGUAUGUUGCAUUCUUUUACAUUCUUCCAACUCCACACUGUUGUUUAAACUUUUAAUCAGUAUCAGUCCACGUAUUGCAGUCUUGUUUUUUUCACAUCACUGCUUCAUAUUUCCUCGUGGUGACUAGAGAAGUGGUUGUAAUAGCUUGGUAGUUAAGAAAUGCUUCCCAUCAGCAGUCAGGUUCUGUAAGCAUUGCCUGUGGAAGAGGGGGGUAAUUUAGUUUGAUAUAUUUAAACCAGUUCCAUAUUUCACAAGUGUAGUUCUGGCUGUGGCACAGCAUUCAGUUAGUUUAGUCAUCUUUUCAGAUGAUAUAGUGGGGUACGUUUAAUAGAAAUGCAUGAUUUUGCAGGGUAAACCAUACCCACUGCAAUUGCGAAAAUAAAAAAAUGGACUUUUUAUUUAUUUUUAUUUCACCUAGUGGUUCACUGAGUAAGCCAGCUGUGGACAGAAUUGGCACCUCUGGAGCACUGUCUGGUUUAAUAACUUAGCUGCUCAGAGUCACUUACUGGGUGAAUGCAAGUGGAAGAAGUCAGACCCAGUACCCUAAGGACAAGAAUCAACUCAUAAACCUUUCAGAGCUUUAGUCCUCUGCACUAAGAAAUGUAGAAUAAAAGCUCACUCUUGCAAAAUUAAAA